GCUCGAUAAGUAUUAGUCAAAUCGCCAACAUACAUAAUCAACGCGGUUCUUCUUGCUAUCUUGUCUCGCGAUUUGCUUUCGAUUAGCACUCACACAAAUCAUUCACACUCGCUCGAUUUGCUUGCGCUGUGUUCUUAUAAAUUAAGUGAGAUUUGUAACAGAAAGAAAAAUGAGUGAACUUGAUGAAAAGUACGAUAUAAUUGACGAAACAACCCCUCCAAAUGCUCCUUUAUCUGCGAAAUACAAAAGGAGUUUUGCAUAUUAUACCAUUCAGGAGAGGCUACCUAUUAUUCUGACAAAAGUGAUUGACCAAACAAUUCGCGAUAAGGAUGAAAUAGCUGAUAUUUUCAAUGGAGAGGGGAUCAAGGAUGAUACCAAAGAAGUUGUUGGUAAUAUUUCACAACUGAAAUACGAACUACAAACCAACAAAGAAAUAACGCCAUUAGAUGGAGAAGAGUUUGACAAGGAUGUAUGGAAUGCAUUUAUUGAGCAGCUAGGUGAAAACAAUACAUAUUUUUCCGUUAAAUGGCUCUACGCUGAAUGUUAUCUAUAUCGUCGUUUGAAAUCGAUUUUCGAAAAAAGCCCCUUGUUAAAAACCUACGACUGUUUUCGAAAACAAAAAGAUGCUGCGUUCAUUACAUCGUUGGAUGCUAUCAGUCAAGUACUUCAGCAUAUAACCGAGUUUUAUAACAAGCAUGCCAAAGCCGAAGAAUCAACAAUACUUGAGCUUGAAAGCUUUUUCAAAAUAUUGCUACGAAUCAACUUGUGGGGUAAUCGAUGCGAUUUAUCUAUUUCUAAUGGUCGCGAAGUCAAACAGGCAGGAAACCCAUUUGAAGAGCUUGGUUCGUUUGAAUCGUGCAUACUACAUGAUCAAUCGCAAGAUAUUUGGGAUUGCUUGAAAUCUGGUGGAAAAUCCUGUAGUAUUGAUAUUAUUAUGGAUAAUGCUGGAUACGAAGUGUUCACUGACUUUUUGAUUGCCGAUUUCAUUCUUCGAUAUGAUUUUGCAAAUAAAAUUCGGUUUCACUGUAAAGCCAUACCGUGGUUCAUUAGUGAUGUCGUGUACCGUGACUUCAAUUGGACCAUUCGGAAAUUGACUGAAAGUGAUACAAAUGUAGUGAGAUCAUUUGGAGAACGAUUGCAACAAUACGUGGACGCAGGUCGAAUUCAAUUACAACCGACCGAUUACUUUUGGACGAGUCCAUAUGAAUUUCAAGCGAUGCAAUCCAUUGCACCAAAAUUAUAUGCAAGCCUUGCAACCAGCCAUUUAUUGAUAUUUAAGGGUGACCUCAACUAUCGUAAACUUUUGGCAGACACAAAUUGGCCAUUUGAUUCCCAUUUUGUUGAUGUACUCGGUGUUUUUCGUCCAACGAAUCUAUGCACCUUGCGAACCGUUAAAGCUGAUUUAAUUUGCGAGUUACCCAAUGGAAUAGCAGAUGAACUAUCUAAAUUGGAUCCAAUGUGGAUGGAAACGGGCAAAUAUGGAGUUAUGCAUUUUGCACCUAAGAUUUAAGUACUAUGCAAUUUUUUUGUUUUUGCUUCAUUUAAUUUGAUGGAUACAAAUAAAGACGCAAUUUGAAUUACACGUUCGUUUGAGAGACAAAAGAAAACGCUAUUCAAAUAGAUUUGAACAAUUUUAAAUUAACUGAACGUUUCGAAUAUUUUAUUGAAGAAUUUAAAUACAUCACAAAAAUACAAGUGUCGGAAUAUAGCCA